ACGUCAACGGGAUGACGAAUGAGGAAACGUACGGGAGGAAAACGGCACCGCGUUUCAUACCUGGAUGAUGGCUGCCACGGGGAAACUGGCGUAUUUCCGUCUCCCUCCCUUGCCUACUGUAGGCGAGCUCCUCAAGCUGUACAACCUGCGAGCUGAGAAACAGCUGUCCCAGAACUUUCUGUUUGAUUUGAGACUCACAGACAAAAUUGUGCGUCAGGCAGGCAGUUUGAGGGACGCCCAUGUGUGUGAGGUGGGUCCCGGUCCCGGCGGUCUCACCCGCUCCAUCCUCAAUGCCGGGGUGUCAGAGGUCCUCGUGGUGGAGAAGGAUUCACGCUUUAUCCCGGGGCUGAAGCUGUUGUCUGAGGCGGCACCGGGGAUGUUGAGGAUUGUCCACGGUGACAUACUCACCUACAGAAUGGACAGAGGAUUCACAGAAAAUGUCUCGAAGCCGUGGGAGGAAGAUCCGCCCAACCUUCACAUCAUUGGGAAUCUCCCGUUCAGCGUCUCGACCCCCCUCAUCAUCAAGUGGCUGGAGAACAUAGCCAACAGAACGGGGCCCUUCGUCUACGGACGCACCCGACUCAUCCUAACCUUCCAGAAAGAGGUCGCAGAGCGGUUGACGGCCACCACAGGCAGCAAGCAGAGGAGCCGUCUGUCCAUCAUGGCUCAGUAUCUCUGCACAGUCCACAACUGCUUCACCAUCCCCGGACGGGCCUUCAUCCCAAAACCAAAGGUGGACGUGGGAGUAGUUCACUUCACCCCUCUGGUUCAGCCCCAGAUCUCGCAGCCCUUCAAGAUGGUGGAGAAAGUCGUCAGGAACGUUUUCCAGUUCCGCAGGAAGCACUGCCACAAAGGAGUGGCAAAUUUGUUCCCCGAGGUGUGUCGCCCGGAGCUGACGCAGGAGAUGAUGCAGAAAGCAGACGUGGACCCAAUUCUACGCCCCACAGAACUCGCCAUCCCCCAGUUCAGGGCCUUGGUGGACGCCUACGCUCAUCUCUGCGCCCAUGAGCCCAGCCUCCUCAGCUACGAGUUCAGAGAGGAGCUGCGACUGAAACGCCUCUCCAAGCUAAGGAAUAAAACAAAGGGCACGACACCAAGUCCUCAACAACCCUACUGAAUACAAAAUAGACAAAGUAUGGAAACCAAGAGUAGCCCAGUAAGAGCCUCUGUUGGCACAGGGGGGAGACGCCAGUGCUCUUAGCCUUGACAUUUCCACCUGGCAUGUGCAUGCAUUUUUUAAACCUUUUUCCCUGCACCCAGGCAGCAACAGUAACUUGUUAUAGUGGAAAUCCUGGGACACACACUCGAGCCACAAGGCACAUAAAGACCCUGGGUGGGUUAGAUCGGAUCCUAAAACAGAUUCAUGUGUAUUUGGGAGAAUAGAGAAACGGUAGGUCUUUAGGAGUGAGUAUCUCUUUAUGUCCAAAUUUUGACUUCAGAUCCAACUCGCAUAACAUCUUGUUCUGUGGGACCCGGAAGAACUGUCAGUGUUUUCAGAGUGAUUUAUAAAAUGGGAACACGGCAGCACCAUAUCCAGGCCACUUGGGAGACGGAGCGUCAAGGGAGGAAAGUAAUUGGAAUUUUUGUACCUCUAGAAAGACUGUUAUUGUUAAUACACUCUUAUAGGCAUGAACAGGGUAUUAACAGUAACACAUAUAUAUAUAUUUAUAUAAACAUGUGUGUGUAUAUAUAUAUAUAUAUAUAUAUACAAAUAUAUUUAUAUAUAUAUAUUUACAUAUAUAAAUAUAUUUAUAUAUCUAAAAAUAUGUAUACAUAUUUAUAUACAUAAAUAUGUAUACAUUUAUAUUAAUAUUUAUUUAUAUAUAUUUAUCUAUCUAUAUAUGUAAAUAUAUUUAUACAAAAUUUGCAAUUAACCAAAUGUAACCAAUUUCCAUUUCAGUCCAUGAUACUGUGCAUCAUACAGCAUUUGACAUGUAUGUUAAGUAGAUCAGACCACACUUUUGUUGUUUAAGGUUUUAUGUUAAUAAAGGAGUUAUUACAA